GUUACGUCGACAAGCGAAGAAGUGUCGCUUCGCUUCCACAAAGCUGUUUCCACGGUAACUAGAAAUGGCGACCGGUGCUCCUGUACCUCAACUGCUGGUACUUUGCCGCCUUUUUCCUGGCAACCAUCCUCAUGUUCAUCUAUAAAGGUCGUCUGACGACAAACUUCCAACUACAGUGCGCGUCGAGAAGUUUCUUGAAGAUCUUCUGCUUCUUCCCGGCAGGACUUCUACUGCCCUAUCCGGCUAGUAAUUUGAUUCUGGACGUGGCGCUGCUGUUUCUCUUCCUCGGUCUGGAGAUUCUGCGUAUCUUCUACGGAUGGAAGGGCAACCUGUGUGAGCACGCGGUGACCACGGCGGUGUCUCUGUUCCUGCUUCUGCCGUGCAUCACGCUGUCUGCCUACUUCCUGUUUCUGCAAAGUUUGGUGCUGCGUCUGGAGUUCCUGCUGGGCUUGGUCCUGCUCGGCUUCUAUAGCCUCCAGUUCCUGCUCAGCAUCCUGGCCUUAUCCGCCUUCGCCAGGUCCAAAGUUUAUUGAUGAGCACCAAGCAUCACAUCAAACAUGUCAGAUUUCAUUUGUAUAUAAUUUUGAUACUUAUACUACAUAUUGACAUUUUUACUUUUAUACAAAAAGAGCUAAUAAAGCUCUGAACAUCAAAUCAAUAAAUAGUCUUUAUCAACAA